GUCACGGGUCAAAGUUGAACCGGAGAGAAAACGGAAGCAGCAUGGAGGCUGAUGAGAGAAGGAGAAGAGGAGGUUCUGCUCAAAGCUCUAAAAAAGGUGGAAAAUGCGUCAAAAUACGGACUGCCGAAGAAGAAGCAAGAAGGAGAGAGGAGAUGAAGGAGAGGCUGAGGGAGAGGCUGGAGGUGGAGCGGAGAGCCCUGAAGGUGGUGGAGCGCCUCCUGGAGGACAGCGUGGCUGAAGACUUCCUGGUUGACUGCGCCAAGUUCAUCACUACUGCUAACUACAAAGACACCGUGGAGGAGCGCUUCAUCGCAAAGUUCUGUGGUUAUCCCGUCUGUCCCAACAAACUGGGCAAGAUCCCGACCCAGCAGUAUAAAAUCUCCACCAAGACGAACCGGGUCUAUGACAUCACAGAGCGGAAGUGUUUCUGCUGUAACUUCUGCUACAAAGCCUCCAAGGAGUACGAGCUACAGAUAUCAAAGACGCCUCUUUGGCUGAGGCAGCAUGAAAGUCCUCCAGAAAUCAAGUUGCUAAAGAAAGGAGACAGGGGGAGCUCUGGUGUGGAGGUGAUGCUGUCAGGGCGCCGCCUCAGGGAGGAGGACAUAGAGGAACCCCAGGCUGCCCCGCCUCCGCCCGUCCCUGCAGGAGGCGAUUUCAGCGACGGGGAGCGGGAGUUUCCCUCCAGUGACGUCUCCCAGCAGCAGAGACCCCGGGUGCACUGGGCCGACCUGCCGGGGGGCGCAGACGGAGACGGGAACCGGGCCGAACCGCCUCAGAUCCAAAACCCAGAGGAAAACGGGGGCCUGAGAGGAGAGCAGGAAGGGAAGGAGAUCCCCGCUGAGGAAAGCGCUGAGGCGCCACCUGGAGACCAAAGCGUGGAUGAGCUCACUUCAAAGCUGAGUGAGUGCGUUACCAGCGGUAACCAGCGCGGAGAAACGCGGGCUGAAACCGUUUCAGCCGCUUCGUGUACAGGACCUGAACCUUCAGCAGGAAGCAGACGGGCUCCCUGUUCCACUGGAGACCCGUCCAACCCGCCUGGGCUCAGCAUCACCCAGGUGGGCAUGAGUCGGAGAGGAGCCGCCGGGCUGCAGGACCUUCUGAGGAAGCACGGCGGGGCGCUCGACCCCGAGUCGGUGCGGCGGAGUCUCCUGGAGUCCCUGAAGAGGACCUUAAAGGACUGGUGCACAGAAGAGACCCUGAGCUUCCUGUAUGGAGCCGACCGGCCGCCGGCCGUCCCGUUCACCGCCCUGAGAGCCACCGAGGAAGAGGAGCUGGAUGAAGACGACCUGGAGGACGAUGAUGAUGAUGAUGAUGAGGCGGCGGAGCCGAGGAGGCCGCCGGGUAACCACGACUACGAGAAGCUGCGGGAGGAAGCGGAGCAGCUGCAGCUCAGGGUGCGCGAGUUUUAUAAAGGGACGUGGGUUCUACCUGAGGAGGAGCAGCUGGAGGCGAGGAAGAUCAGCGCACCGGAGGCGGCCUCUAAGGAUCCAGCUUUGCCGCUCAUCGACUCCCACGCUCAGAACCUCAUCCAGAAACGGAUCACGGUGGAGCGGCUCAGCAGCUGCCUCAGAAACAUCGUGGGUCCGGUGGGCCUCACCAUGAGCGACGUCUCCACAGACCUGAACCACCUGGUCAGGACAUUCAGGUUCACCAACUCCAACAUCAUCCAUAAAACCCCUGAGUGGACCCUCAUAGCUGUGGUGCUUCUGCAUCUGUUAUCAGACGUGUCUCCUGUGGUGCAGGAGGCCCUGAAGAUGUCGGCCUCAGUCCAAUAUUUAAACACUCUGAUGGAGGAGCUGGGCCUACGGGAGCAGGACCUUCUGAGUCUAGUUCAGCUCUUUAAACCCACUACAAACUGACUCAAAGUGAACAUAAACAGAUGUAGGAUAUAUAUUUUCAAUCUUAUAAAAGAUGUUGAGAAUGAAA